UGAGGUGAGAACACUAAUCACUACACUACGGGACUCCAAAAUCCCAAGCAACGACAGAGAGUGGGAUAGCUCUCUUCCAGAGGCACGAAGGGCAGGACUCUGCGGCACAGAAACCGGUGCGAAAGCGUGAGGUGCGAUCAGCCCGACCGUCUUACUCUGGUUCCCCGAGAGCUUCGCACAGAGAAGGCUGCAGAUCGUCAAGCGCUCGUGGUCGCACAGGGGUCCGGGUUCUAUCUGCCGUGACAUUGAGGGGCUCCGCUUGGUGUUCACCCCCCACCAUCUCCCCACUGCGCCCACAACCGGCCACUUACUUCACUGCGUCUCGCUGCGAUGCUGCAGGGAAAUGACCCCGGGGAACCCGAGUGUGUGAUUUGCUGGAAUCGCUAUGACAAUGCCUUCCGGAUGCCCAAGGUGCUGGAAUGCAAACACACCUUCUGCCUGGAGUGUCUGGCCCGCAUGAGCCUGGCCUUCGUGUCGGAGUCGGCCCCGGAGGUGUCCUGCCCUCUGUGCCGGCAGUUGACCGUGCUGGGGCCGGGCCGGCAGAUCACAGGGCUCCCGGCCAAUGCCGACAUCCUGCGCCACUUGCAGCUCGAGCCCUUCAACGUGCUGCUGGACCGCGGGCGACUGGUCUACAAGGGCUCGAGGAAAGCUCACUUCCUGCUGCACCGGCCCACGGUCUACACCCUCAGCCUCGAUGUGGAGAGGCAGCGGGACCUCUCCCUGUCCCCGGGGGGAGGGGACGGGGCUCCCGGCCGGAGAUUCCUGCGGAAAUGCUGCCAGAGCGUUCAUCUCCGGGCCUUGACGUACGUGCUGAUCAGCGUGUUCGGGAUCUCCAUCUUCCUGAUUGUCUCCUUGUUCUGGACCAAGCAGAUCUUGUGGGGGAUGGGCUGAGCUGAGCCAGCGAGCGAGCGAGCUUGCGAGGUGAGGCUGACGAAAGUCAUGGAGCAAAAGACCAAACACUCACUCUCGGGCAGAGUGAGGCACUGGAUGAUUCCGCUCUGCCGGCUACUUUGGAAGCAACUCCGCGGCCCGAGCCGCUCUCUCUUGUGUUGUAUUUGAAUUUGUUUUUUCAUACAAAAGGCCGUAUUAUUUAGAACCUCACACGUACGGACCAGGGGUGAGGAGCGGCUGCUCGGAGUGACAGCCACCUCCCUCACGCUUUGCUCCUGCCCCUGAGCUGUGCCCUUUGCUGUUAGCUGAACUUGUUGGGAAGAACCAGGAGACAAAUCCCCUUUCAUAAAAAUAUUAAUAAUCUUUACGUUCGAUACGGCGCCUUU